GUGCAAAACCGACACUCCCCAUUUUAUAAAGUCUCUCAGAAUCACAACUCCCUUCCCUUCAUCUCCUUGUGUCUCUUUUCUUGUUUUAGAUUGUGAGCUUUUUUGUCCUUUUAUUAAAGAACAUGGCAAAGCUAUCUCUAGUUUUCUUCGUCAUGUCCCUGGUCCUGGCCAUGCCGUGUACACAGGCUUUCCAUAUAGACAAAUGGCAUCAGAGAAUCAAAGCCCAGAAGGAGACUGUAACCAAUCUCCAAUUCUAUUUCCACGACACAGUCAGUGGAAAAAACCCUAGUGCUAUCAAGGUGGCUCAGUCCACUGACACCGAAAGAUCCCCAACUCUUUUUGGAGCUAUUAUGAUGGCAGAUGACCCUUUAACUCAAGGACCAGAUCCCAAGUCCAAGCUGGUGGGUCGAGCACAAGGGCUUUAUGGUUCAGCUGGACAGAGUGAACUGUGCCUUCUCAUGGCCAUGAACUUCGCCUUCACUGAUGGUACCUAUGAUGGUAGCUCUAUCAGCCUCCUCGGCAAGAACUCAGCCAUGAGUCCAGUACGUGAGAUGCCGAUCGUUGGAGGGACUGGGAUUUUCCGGCUGGCUCGUGGAUAUGCUAUUGCGAAGACGCAUUGGCUUGAUAUUACUACUGGCGAUGCUAUAGUUGGCUACAAUGUUACAGUCGUUCACUAGAUACCCUUAUCUCUCUUCAGUAGCUAGUGCUUGUGCUUUAGUUUAUAUAUUCAGCUUUCAGGAAUCGUUGUGUUAAAGUAGUUUGCUA